AUGAAGUCGCACCUCGCCAUGCUGGACUUCCUGACCCCCAACGACCGCUCAACGCUGUCGAGAUUCACAUCCUACGCCCACUCCCAGAGGUUUGCCGCCUUCGUCAACGACCUGCUCUUCCAGUUCCUGGGUCGUGACGCCACCAACGAGCCAAUCGACCCUCAGGCGCUGGCUGCCGCUCGGGAGCUAUCCGCCAACCUGGUGCACAGCGUCAUCAAGUCGAGUUUCCCCGUUGUCACCUUCCCGGUCCUCGUCGUUGCCAUGAUCUUCAUCAAGGACAUUGGCAGCAGCAAGUUCCCUGUAGCCACAGGAUCCGAACCCCAUCUCUUUGUGAUUGCCCUGAUGAUCGCCUACAAAUACUGUGACGAUGCCGCCUCGGGCCUGCCAACCAAAGAGUGGUCCCGCAUCACCGGCCUUGCCCCCGCGCUGCUCGCCAGCCUUGAGCGAGAGUUCUGCGCGGCCAUCGAGUACAACUUUUAUGUCGAUCCGGACCUGUUCCGAGAAUGGGUCGCCUACUUUGAGAACCACGCCGAGCUCUGGCAAGAGUAG